AUGGACGUGAGUGGACAGGUAUGGCGAGAGCACCGGAGUUUUGCGGUACAUGUGCUCAAAGAGUUGGGAUACGGGAAGGGCUCGAUGGAGGACAGGAUCACCGAUGAGAUCAGUUAUCUUAUCAAACAUAUCGACGAGACUAAUGGUGAGCCCAUGAAUAUACACGACGUCUUGACGCCCAGUAUGUCCAACAAUAUCUGUCAUCUGGUGUUUGGCCACCGAUUGGACUUCAAUGAACCCAAACGCCAGACGAUGGACAGGAUGUUAGACGAGGCGUCGAAAGUGUUUUCAGUAAUCGGGGUCUUAAUGAUGACACCCCUGUGGUUGAGUCAACUCAUGUUCAAAGUCGUGGCAAUGAAUAAAAACAAAAAGUUUAUAAAAGCUUUCGAUGUUUUUAAUAAAGAGAUUUCUUCGCACCAGAAGUCGUUUGAAGUGAAUAAUAGAGUCAAUGAUUAUAUCGACGGAUACUUAGCGGAGAUGGAAGUGAGACAACGAAAGGAUCCCAACACUCACUUCACCCUGCCGAGACUUAUGGCUAAUUGUCGGGCGUUUUUUGGUGCCGGUAGUGAAACAGUGCGGACGACCACCGAAUGGCUGUUAUUACUGUCCGUCAGAUACAGCGAACACCAGAAGAGGAUUCACGAAGAGAUCGAUUCUGUGGUCGGAAGAGAUCGGAGUCCCUGUUAUGCCGACAGACUAUUACUGUCCGUCAGAUACAGCGAACACCAGAAGAGGAUUCACUCAGAGAUCGAUUCUGUGGUCGGAAGAGAUCGGAGUCCCUGUUAUGCCGACAGACUUCAUAUGCCGUUCACUCAGGCGUUCAUUUGCUUAGCUAAGGACACAAGUGAUGGCAAACAAGUGAUUAAAACAGAGGCUUUGAUACCAUUCUCUAUGGGUAAACGCAAUUGUGUUGGCGAGACGUUAGGACGAGUGGAGGUAUUCCUGUAUUUCGUAUCACUUCUACAAAGAUAUACAAUAAGUGCAGCAAUUGAUGGGACAGUCGUAUCGUUAGAGGAGACAUUCGGGUUAACACUACAGCCCAAGAAUCCUAUGAUUCUUAGAUUUGAGAAACGUGUAUAAAUUCUUAUCCCAUAAUAUGUGGCUUUGCUCGUAAUAUAAUAAUUAUUUUUCUCAUUGAUUGUUUAUAUGAAGAAACCAAUAAAUUUUUGGCAUACAAUAUAUAUUAUUUUGAUUUUUGGAAUUGUUUUAGUUAUGCAGGUACUGAUUAGGUACUGCGGGACUGUCACACUGCAAUAUUGUUGAAUUUAU